ACAUAAGUUAGAUGUGGUCAGUUGUGGUAAGAAUACAGCUCGGGUUCAGAAGGCCAUCUGCAGUGGAUUUUUCCGUAACGCCGCGAAGAAAGAUCCUCAGGAGGGAUAUCGUACCCUGGUAGACAGUCAGGUGGUGUACAUACACCCCUCUAGUGCCCUCUUCAACAGACAACCAGACUGGGUGAUUUACCAUGAACUCGUGCUGACAACAAAAGAAUACAUGAGAGAGGUGACGGCCAUUGAUCCUAAGUGGCUUGUGGAAUUCGCUCCGAAGUUUUUCCGCUUCAGUGACCCGACAAAACUCAGCAAACAGAAAAAACAGCAGAAAAUCGAGCCAUUGUACAACAAAUACGAAGAUCCGAAUUCCUGGAGAAUCUCACGAGCUUUCAAGAAAGUCCACACAAAAGUUACAUUCUAGAUUUAUUUGCCAACAGUCUGUUUCUUAUUGAGUCUUAGUUAC